GUGAAACUUGAAAAUCGUGAAAAGUUUAGAAGUUACAAAAUUCAUUAAUUUCAGCAAUCCGCAGACCUUCUCAAUUGAAAUGUAGGUCUUGGGAAUACCAUAAUGUAUAGGGUAAUACGCUGAAACAAGGAUUUAUUGGAUAUACCGUAACAUAACGGAGUAUUUUGAAGAAUAUUGGAGAGCACAGUGAUUGUUUUGAUUUCAACAGCCUGAGCAAGCGGGUCUUGCAAAAACGGCUAAAAAUGGGAUAUAUAACACAAACAAUGGAAUACAAGCAUAUCAGACGGAAAGAUUAUUAUGUGUUAAAUAUAUUUAUUAUAUUUCUGGCGUGCGGGUCACUCCAGAACACUGUAAAAGCUCAGUGUGUAUGUGGUACAGAUUGUGUGACAAACUGUCCUGCAGGAUCCUACUGGGAUGGUUCAAAUUGUCAAACCUGUGAACAAGGACACUAUUGCCCUGGUGGUAGUAGUGCAAGAACUGAAUGUUUAGCAGGGACUUACAAUAGCAAUACUGGUAGUUCAUUGGCUUCUGCAUGUCAGGCAUGCCCUGGGGGUACAUAUAGUGCUUCAAAUGCAGCCACUGUUUGUGACCCUUGUCCUGCAGGAAAGGCAUGCCCUGGAGGGACCUCACUACCAUCAACAUGUGUGGCUGGAACAUCUGCAUCUGGUGGGGCAUCAAGUUGUACCUUGUGCCCUCCCGGAUAUAAAUGUCCCGACCCCACAGUAGUCCCAGAGGCCUGUGCAGACGGCUAUUACACCAGUGGAUCUGGUCAGAGUGUCUGUACCCCAUGUUCAGCAGGUUCUGAAUGUCCCACUAAGACAGCAGAAAGUCAGUGUUCCCCUGGAUAUGCCAGCUCUGCAGCCAGUUUAACAUGUACAGCGUGUACUGCAGGAUACUAUGCAGAGUCAGCAGGUGCUACUAGUUGCCAGCAAUGCCCAGCUGGCUCCAAGUGCCCUACGACUACUGCUAGCCCUACACCAUGUCCUGCUGGAGAGAUAUCUGCUGCUGGUGCUACGUCAUGUACACCUUGUAACUCAAAUGAGGUGACAAAUUCUGCCCCUCAGACAACCUGUUUACAAUGCCCUGCUGGAAAGGCAUGCACUGACCCUACAUUGGCACCCUCAGACUGUACUAGUGGAUACUACUCUCUCCUGGGAGAUGCUGUCUGUACACAGUGUGAGGCUGGCAAAUAUUGCAGUUCUACAUCCACUGUCUCUCAAGAUUGCUCAGCAGGUCAGUACAGUGAAGCUGGGUGGAUAGCCUGUGUGAACUGCCCUGCAGGCUUUAGCUGUGCCGAUGCUGCUUCUAUUCCCGUUCAGUGCACAGGAGGUACUUUCAGCCCAGCAGGAACCAUGACAUGUGAUCCCUGUACUGCUGGGAAUGCAUGUCCUGCAGGGUCAGCCAGUGAGACUGCAUGCACAUCAGGAUACUAUGCACUUGCCGGUGCCUCUAGCUGUACCUUAUGUGAGGCAGGAAAUAUGUGUCCAUCAACAACUGCUUCUACAGCCUGCCCAUCUGGGGAAUAUUCAUUAGCAGGGGCAACAGCUUGUACUCCAUGUCCCGCAGGGUCCACAUGUGCCAAUACAGCAUUGUCUCCAACAUUAUGUAAUCCUGGUUACUAUAACACUGACCCAACAGCCACUACCUGUACAGAAUGCCCAGGGGGAUAUAAAUGCCCUGACCCAACAACCAGCCCUACCGUGUGUCCAACAGGUUACCUCAGCGCACCAGGCUCCACUGAUUGUACUCGCUGUCCAGCUGGAUUUGAAUGCCCUGAUAAUACAGAUCCUGCAAAGAAUGCUGCUUGUGAUCCUGGUACUUUCUCAACUGCUGGUGAGAUGAUAUGUAACCCAUGUCCCGCCGGAUCUUUCUGUAGUUCAACAACGUCUAGGAGAGCUAUAAAUUGCAACCCAGGGACAUAUUCCAUAGAGAACUCUACUGCAUGUACCGUCUGUCCAGCAGGAAAGAUCUGUCCUUAUACUGAUGGUACUGGCAUAGUCGAUUGUCAGCCUGGAGAGUAUUCAGCGGCACGUUCUAUUACAUGUACUAAAUGCCCACCUGGAAAAUACUGUCCUUUCACUAAUAAUGAAGUUCAGUAUGAUUGUCCAUCAGGCACGUAUGCCUUGGAAGGCCAGGAUGCGUGUACUGAAUGCCCACCAGGAUUCUACUGCCCAGAUAAGAAUCAAGCACUUGAGAUUGCAUGCGAAGAUGGAUCAUUCUCUGUUGGUAACAAAUCAUCAUGCACUGUUUGUCCAGCUGGUUACUAUUGUGAAUUCAAAGACUCUGACAGCAGAGUUGCCUGUGAAUCGGGCGAAUAUGCCCUGGAGGGGUCAACUAUCUGUGAAGUAUGUCCUGAGGGGUACCAGUGCCCAAGUACAACUCAGGCUGGGACUAUUUGCAAUCCAGGGUUCUACAGUGAAGGUGGAUCCACAAACUGUACAGGUUGUGAACCUGGGUUUAAGUGUACAACUACUGAAAUCUCAGCUCGUGCUGAGUGUGAUCCAGGGACAUAUUCUACAGGACUUGCUCUGAUCUGCAGCCCAUGUGACGCAGGCUAUAUAUGCCCUAUGGCCUCUACAACUCCUCGUCCAUCUGAUGGACUCUGUAAUCAAGGUGGAUAUUGUGAUGGGAAAACGUUCUCCCCAUGUCCUGCAGGAACUUAUAAUCCAAAUAAUGGCUCAUCGACUGUCGAUGAAUGCUGGCCCUGUCCACCAGGAUAUUAUUGCGAGGGACCAGGGGAGAUCGCAUAUGAGGAUUACCUGUGCCCGGAAGGACAUUACUGUCUCCAAGGAACCACUGUCCGUACACAGUACCCUUGUCCAGGUGGUUCUUACUAUAACCAAACUGGUGCCACCAACGUAGCUUUGUGUAUCCCUUGCCCUGAGGCUAACUACUGUCCCGAGGGGUCUGUUCUACCUCUCGAUUGCCCUGCUGGAUUCUAUUGUACUGGUGGUCAGUCCAGCGCAUUCCAAAAUGCCUGCCCAAUUGGAACGUACAGUAACCAAACUGGUCUAACAACUGGCAACCAGUGUGUAUUCUGUCCGGCUGGAAGUUAUUGUCCUGCGGGAACCCAGGCAGAACCUCGUGUUACUCCAAUACCAUGUGAACCUGGACGCUACAAUCCUGAUGAAAAGGCUGGUCAUCCACUAAACUGUAGGCUUUGUGAUGCGGGUUUCACUUGCCCUAGGGUUGGACAGCACAGUGUUACAGACCCAUGUAUGGAAGGCCACUACUGUCCUAAUGGCACGAUAACUGCAGACCAGUAUCCGUGUCAGCCUGGUACAUUGACUGGGAGAGAUGACUUGACAUCCGCUGAUGAGUGUGACCCUUGCCCUGCUGGCGUCUAUUGUUCCUGGGGGACAGGUGUAACGAUAAAUCCACCCCAGCCAUGUGCCCAGGGGCAUUACUGCCCUGCCCAGACCCCCUCACCUGACCGCUACGAUUGCCCCUCAGGGACCUAUACAUAUGCCUCAAACUUGACAGAUGCAAGCGAGUGUACACCUUGUGAUCCUGGAUACUACUGUGAAGGUGGUCUUAAAGAGGUCUCUGGUAUCUGUGUACGUGGCUACUACUGCCCAGAGGGUACAAAGUUGGCCACAGAGUUUGCUUGUCCAAAUGGGACCUACAAUGAUGAAGAAGGCAAAUCCGCUGUAUCCGACUGUAAAAAUUGUACACAAGGUCAAUAUUGUGAACAUGGUGUGAGCGCCCCAGUGUCAUGUCCUGAAGGUACAUACAUGCCUUAUGGUAUAGAUCCUGCUACUCUAGGGACAACUGAUGUUUACAUAGGCCCAGGUGACCCUGCCAGAAGGAUAUUUGACUGCUUGGAGUGUCCUGGAGGUAAUUUCUGCUUGGGGAAUACAAUAACGCCUGCUGUCUGUAGUAAGGGUUACUACUCUAAACCUGGAAAGAGUGUCUGUGAAAUAUGUGAGAUAGGACAUUACUGUGAUAGUGACACAACAUCUUACACUGAUAUGAUCACCAACAAGCAAUGUCCCUGUGGCUCCAUCUGUGAUUAUGGUCUCAAGGAUGUCAAUGAUGCCAUUCAAUGUCCAGCAGGGCACUACUGUGAACAAGGAGUAAUUGAACCACACAAGUGUCCUGUGGGAACGAUUCGUAGGACAACAGGAGGCUGCAAUGUGACAGCUGACUGUUUGCCAUGUGACGCAGGCUACUACUGUCUGGAAGGCUCUAGCACAACAACAGGGGAGUGUGAAGUGGGCUACUACUGUCCCCAACCCAUUCCUAACCCAUAUGGGGCAAUUCCAGCUGAAAUUGGAUCUUAUGGUGCUAAGCAGGCACAAUGUCCAGCAGGCACAUACACCAAUGUCACAGCUACACCAGACUUAGCUAGUUGUAAUCAAUGCCCCGCAGGCUACUAUUGUGAGAUAGGAACAGGACAGCCUGUAGACUGCCCUGCUGGCUCUUACUGUGUAGCUGGGGUUAGUGUUCCAGUUCCUUGUCCAAUGGGAAGAUAUGGCAAUUCCUCAAAUCUUGGAGCCAUGACUGACUGUAAUGAAUGUGAUCCUGGCCAGUAUUGUGAUGCACCUGGUCUAGUCAGCCCUCGAGGGCCAUGUGAUCCUGGGUUUGUUUGUUAUCUUGGUGCCAAGGAAUCUGGGCCAAUAGAUGGCGUCACUGGAGAACUCUGCCCGGCAGGUGGAUUUUGUGAAUCGGGUUCGUAUUAUGCCAAGCCUUGUCCACAGGGUACAUAUAGUAAUGUGACUGGGGCAGUGAACCAUUAUGACUGCUUUGACUGUGACCCUGGGUACUAUUGUUCCUCAGUGGCCGGGGGUGAGCCGACUGGACAAUGCUGGGGAGGAUACUUCUGUACCGGGGGUGCUAAAACACCUCGGCAAAACAUCACUCAACCUGGUCAUUAUUCCCCCAAUGGUUCUGUAACCCCUAGAGAGUGUGAAACAGGGACAUACCAGCCAUAUGAUCGCCAAUCAGAAUGCAUCAUUUGUGAGCCUGGAUAUUACUGUCCUGAAAAAGCCAUGACAGAUCAUAUCCAUUGUCCUCCAGGGCAAUAUUGCCCAAAUAAUACUGUUGUUCCCCUUGAUUGCCCUCCUGGCACGUACUCUAACAUAACAAAUGCUUAUGAUAUAAGCCAAUGUAAUAACUGCCCACCUGGCCAAUAUUGUGCAAAUCGUGGUGCAACAGAGCCAUCUGGACCAUGUGCUGCGGGCCAUAUCUGCUAUGGGCUUGCCCUCUCCGAUGACCCAGUGUAUAAUGAUAAUCCGAGUGGGAAUAAGACAAUUAUUUUGUAUGGAGAUACAUGUGCAGCUGGUCACUAUUGUGUAGAAGGAACUGCAAAUAUGGAGCCAUGUCCCCGUGGCAUGUACUUACCGGAUUUAGGUGCCACCAAUAUCUCGGAUUGUUUACCGUGUGAUCCUGGGCAAUACUGUGAUGGCAUUGGGCUGAAUGCCACCUCAGGAGACUGUGAUGCUGGCUAUUACUGUGUAGGGGGCGCUUAUCUAAAGGACCCAUCUGAUAAUGCUACCACUGGCGACAUCUGUCCAUUAAACUACUACUGUCCUCAGGGCACUGAAAGUCCAAGGUUGUGUGCUAUAGGAUAUAUGGCUAACUACACUGGCAUGGAGUUAUGUAGUCUCUGUGCAGAAGGGUUUAUAUGUUAUCCUGGACAGACACCACAAGCUUGCCCUGAAGGGUUCUAUUGUCCUGCCAGUACGGUGUUGAAACCAUUGACCGCUCCUACCCCCUGUUUGUCUGGGACCUACAACAACAGAACUGGUCUGGGGGCGGAGUCUGAAUGCACACCAUGUGAUCCUGGAAUGUACUGCUUUGCUGAUGGACUGACACAACCAACUGGCGAAAUUAAUGGAGGAUAUUGGUCACUUGAGGGUAGCGACACUCCAACCCCCAAUACAGAUCUUGACCCCCUCAAGGGAUACUGUCCAAAGGGUUAUUACUGCCCCCCAGGAUCAGUCCAACCUCUACCAUGCCCCGUUGGCACAUACGGAUACCAGAUACAGUAUGCUGACAUCUCUAACUGUGAUGCCUGUCCAGCAGGUUUAUACUGUCCAUAUCAAAACAUGACUGUUGACCCCACCAAACCACUAGACACUGAGCUACCUAAAUGUAGUGCUGGCCAUUACUGUGUUGGGAAGUCAAAUGAACCAAACCCUGUCAACGAAACUCAUGGGGAUGAGUGUCCUACUGGUCAUUUUUGUGUUGAGGGGAGUAGUGCUCCAUCACCAUGUGUCCCAGGUACCUACCAGAACAAUACCCGCCAAGCAUCCUGUAAACCAUGUCCUGCUGGAUAUUACUGCCUCCAGAACACAUCAAUACCAUUUGAGUGUCCCCCAGGCCACUAUUGUCUCGCGGAGGCAGUGGAGCCGUAUACCAACCCAUGUGUGAUAGGCACCUUCAAUAAUCUCACAAUGGCCUCAACUCCAUUUUACUG